AUGUCCGACCAGGAUUUUAGGAACGCAAUUCUCCGGCUCACUGAACUGGUAGCUAGCCAACAAGAGCAGAUUCAACUUCUCAACCGAACCGGUCAAGCCAACCAACCGGGAAGUGAGAAAAUCAUCGAAUCGUUGGCCACGGGAAUUGAAGACUUCUACUACGAUCCUGACGGUGGAGUGUUUUUCAAUGCAUGGUUCGCGCGCUACGAGGAUAUCUUCAAGGUUGACGGCAAGAAUCUGGACGAUCCGGCGAAGGUGAGGCUACUCUUGAGGAAGAUCGGCACCAAGUUCCAUGAGCGGUACGUAAACAGUAUCCUGCCAAAGUAUCCCCGCGAUUUCGGCCUGGACGACACGGUGAAGAAUCUUAAGAAGCUUUUUGGCCGCCAAACCUCGCUGUUUAACGAUCGCUACCGUUGUCUACAAUAUGUCAAGAACGAAGCAGACGAUUUUUCAAACAUCCGAACUCGAUUGAUCGGUAAGUUAGAAGCUGAAGAGCAUGUUCCGCCAGCAGACGGCACGAAGCUCACACUGGAAAAUCUCGUCGAGGAGUGCCAUCGGUUUAACAAUCUGAAGCAGGACACCAAGAUGGUAGAGAAGCCCGUUCCGGAAAAAUCCGUCGUCAACGUAGUUUCUACCAAGCCUGCUAAGAAGAAGCAACCGAAAUCUCCGUGCUGGUUCUGCGGGGAUUUACACUUUGUGAAGGAAUGCCCCUAUCAAGACCACAGCUGUAGCAAGUGCAAACGGAAGGGGCAUAAAGAAGGUUACUGCUCAUCCGUGGAAUCAAAACCGAAGUCUGCAAAGAAAUUCGAAAAACCGAAAUCCAAGGAAUAUGUGAAGUCCAAAGGAAUUUCGGUGAAACGCAUCGAUCUCCAAGGGAAGAGGAAAUACGUUACCGUCGGAAUCAAUGGCAAUGAUUCUGUUCUCCAGUUUGAUUGCGCUUCCGAUAUCACGAUCAUUUCUACGCAAACCUGGAAGGCGAUCGGAAAACCAGCCAUCAGCGAAACCGAAAUCACCGCCAUCAGCGCUUCCGGAAAUAAGAUCGACAUGACUGGAGAGUUCCUUGCUGAAUUAACCAUCCAAAGCGUGACGAAAGCAGGCAUUGUCUACGUGUCAUCAAGCUCCGAUUUGGAUGUCCUUGGAAUUGAAACAAUCGACUUAUUCGAUCUGUGGUCAAAUCCAUUCAGCUCGCUGGUUAAUGUUAUCCAUCAUAAUCCGGAAGACACUGAGCAAAAGCUGCGUACGAAGUUUCCUGAAGUGUUCCAGAGUACACUAGACCGGUGCACCAAAGCGAAGGUUAAACUCUACCUGAAGCCCGACGUCCGUCCAGUGUACUGUCCAAAGAGACCAGUUGCAUAUGCUGCCCUUCCAAAGGUGGAUGCCGAACUUCAACGUCUUCAAGACAAGGAAAUAAUCUCACCAGUGAAGUUUUCCGACUGGGCAACCUCGAUAGUCGUGGUCCGGAAGUCAGACAACGUUUCCGUCCGUAUCUGCGGCGACUAUUCUACAGGGUUGAACAACGCACUAGAAUCAGAUGCCCAUCCGCUUCCGCAUCCAGAUGAUGUUUUUGCUGAUCUGGCUGGCUGCCGGUAUUUCUCCCAACUCGAUCUACCUGAUGCGUAUCUGCAAGUCGAGAUUGAGGAGGAAUCUCAGUAG